GUAUGGAUUCAACAGCCACGGCCAUGCUGCAGUGGAGCGCAGGCUGCGGGCCCGGCAGGAGACACAGCUGAGGUUCACUGAAGCGGGGAUGCCCCUUGGAGUCAACCUGGGCAAAAACAAGAGCUCUACUGAUGCAUCAGCUGACUACAUGGCUGGGGUACAGACACUGGGCCCCUUGGCUGACUACCUCGUUGUGAAUGUGUCCAGCCCAAACACCCCAGGGCUGCGAGACCUGCAAGGCAAGGCUGAGCUGCAGGACCUGCUGACCAAGGUGCUGGCAGAGAGGGACGUGCUGCCCUGUGAGCACAAGCCAGCUGUGCUGGUGAAGAUUGCCCCUGACCUCAGCAUGCAGGACAAGCAGGACAUCGCUAGUGUUGUCUGCGAGCUAGGUGUGGACGGGCUGAUCAUCAGCAACACCACCGUGAGCCGCCCCAGCAGCCUCCGGAGUGGGCGUCGCAUGGAGCCGGGCGGCCUCAGUGGGAAGCCCCUGCGGGAGCUCUCCACACAGACCGUCAGGGAGAUGUAUACCCUCACGCAAGGGCGGGUGCCCAUCAUCGGGGUGGGUGGGGUGAGCAGCGGGCGCGAUGCCCUGGAGAAGAUCCGUGCCGGAGCCUCGCUCGUGCAGAUGUACACGGCGCUCGUGUACCAUGGGCCGCUGGUGGUGGGGACAGUGAAGCGGGAACUGGAGGAGCUGUUAAGGGAGCAGGGAUUCAAGAAUGUCUCGGAGGCCGUAGGAGCAGAUCACCGGUGCUGA